CCGUGAUGGACCAACGUGUGCUCUUUGAAGUAUGGAAGAUCCUGCAAGUCUUCCACGAGCCCACCCGCCUCGCACGCGAGAACGGUGUCCUCGCGGAGCCGGUCGUCCACGUGGCAACGCCCGUGUGUGUGCCCCCCCCGCCCCCCGUAGAACAAACGCCACGCAGCCUCAGUGUGCACCCGACGCCGUCCGACGUCGUCGAAAAGUCCAACGAGCUAGAGACCCUCGAACGCCUCUUGGCCUUCAAGGAAAAGAGUGAAAAGAUGCCAUUCGUGCUGGUGUGGAGCGUCAUUUACCAACACUUGCUCCUGGGGCGCAGUCAGACACCAACGAAUGCGUUCUACUCGCUCAAGAAGAUCAACUCGCAAGAAAAACUCGAAGACGAACUCAACAAGAGCAACCUCCUCGACAGCGACGAUAUGGUGCAUAUUGAAGGGCUCAUUGAGAAGCUCCACCUACGCGCAGCGCAGCCGCACAAGCCAUCGCACCAUACGCGCCAUGGCACCCAUCCCAGAAUGGGAACCCAGAAAUCGUCCCUCACAUUAACACCCCCGUCUUAAGUCCACUUGCCUGACGUCGUAGCGCAGUCAUCGUGCCAAGGAAUGGAAUAUGAGCGCGAUGUCAAUAAGAUUUUUUAUAAAAGUCGAGUCCCAAAUGAAAAAAUGACUAAUUGGCAAGGCC